AUGUGUGGCUAUGAUGAUCUCGGCGACCAACCGGGCCUGUUGAACCAAGGCCUGGUGGACCUCAGGAGGCCUGUCGCAGGGGGCAUCGUCCGACAGCUCUUUGGACUGGAUCCUUCGCCAUUGAGACUAAGCCUGCAGGAAGAUGAGCAGACGUCACUUCCUUGCCCCAUCGACAAGGCGUCGAUGGAACCGUUGUCUGUCGUCUGGUUUCGCGUGGCAGACGUCAAGUUCAACUUGUCCACCUACCUGCCCCAAAGUGUGGACGGUGACGUGGUACCGAAGAAAGUUUACUCGUUAGUGGCUCCAGAACCCCCGUUGGUCCCUGUGCUUGGAGCUAGCGUUGGACUGGUGGACGGUGUUCAUUGGAAGCAGCCACCUUGGUUGGGCAGGGCGUUCUUUUCUCUGCUCAGCGAUCCGCCAGCUUUGCUAGUCAAUCGUCUGAAUCUGGCUGACACUGGAAGAUACGUGUGCAACGUGUCGUACCGUGGUGGGAACGUUACCGACGACGGUGUCACCAAAACUGAGGCGGCCGUCGAGCUGUUCGUCGCAGUUCCUCAACAGCCUCCGGUACUAAGGGACUCCCAAGGAAACCUACUGCUUGGUACAGUGGGGCCUUACGCUGAGGGAGACACAGUACGACUGACUUGCGCCGUGUCUGCAGUGCCUCCAGUCGAAGUAUCCGUAUGGAGCUGGGCUCAUGAGGACGUGAAUGCCUCCGGCUGGCUUAUGGUCUCCCCUUCGCCUACAAGGACUGCGUCCUCGCUUUCGGCUUCGACAUUGACUCUCGAUACUAAAAAUGGUGGAUUGGGCAUCUUCUCCGGCGUAGCCACCCAAUCGGCAACCGUGAACUCGUCUUCGCCUUCUACGUUCUACUCGCCGCGAAGCUAUGAGUGCGAGGCUACCGGAAGUCGACCGCCGGCGAACAUCACGUGGUUCCUGGACGGACUGCCAUUGGACGAACGGCUGAGCCACACUCGCUUCGAGGGCAACAUCACGUCAAGCGUGCUUCUCCUGCCAUCUUUGAAACAUGCGGGAAAGCUGCUCGAGUGUCGUGCCAGCAAUGACAACUUGAGGGAGCAUCGUGGAGUACUCAGCCGCUACCUGGCCGUGAAUGUUUCAAACAAGCCUGAAGUGAGCAUCAAGCUGGGAACGGGUCUCAAUGCGAGCCACAUCACGGAGGGUACGGACGUGUACAUGGAGUGCUCAGUCCUGGUCGCCUCGAGAAUCGCCGACGUCACCUGGCGUCGAGAUGGCCGAGAGCUGGACGCCGAUCCGAACCAGGGCAGGGUGAUCACUUCCCGCUACUUGGUGAUCCGCCGAGUGACUCCUGAUCACGGUGGAAGCUACACCUGUCGAGUCACUAACAGCCGCGGCGACACCGUCGAGAGCGUCCCGCUUGUGAUCCGCGUCAGAUCAGCUGCUGAUACAUUCUGGCCGCCUGGUGUUGUCGCGUUUCACGUAGACCCUCCCAGGUGCGUUUCCAACGAAGAUCUCACCCUGAGCGUCGAGCGAGACAAAGCCGUGAACCUGACCUGCCACGUGCGUAGUGAUCCCAGCCAAGGUCUACGCUAUUUCUGGCUCGCUGAGAACAGCACGCACAGCACGCAAGCUACGCCGAGAAACCAAACUCAACGGCACCGGCAACUGCCCUUGCCAGUCGUGACGGAAUCGAACCGCUUGGAGAUCGUGGCCAACGCUUCAAUCUUCAAUACGGCGCUCGCAUGCUGGGCAGAGAACGCCGUGGGCACCCAGAAGAGGCGCUGUCGCUUCACGUUUGUACGUAAGGGCGUGCACGCACCGACCCUGAACUGCAAUGUGGGCAACUACACCGACAGUUCUUUCACCCUGACCUGCUCCACACCUUUGUCAAAUGUCACCAGGACAUCACCACCGAAACUGGGGCAGGAGCAGAGACUUCGUGUGCAGGUGUUCGACGCCAGGAGGGGCAACCGGUCCGAGCGCAGCUUCUGGAGCACGGACCUGGGUCCCAUUCUCGUCAACCGACUUCGCCCUGCCACCGACUACUUGGUCGUGGUUCGAAUGCCUCCAGGGGCGAGCUUCGAAACUUACGUACGCACCCAGGGUGCGGCGCAAACUGUCAUUCAUCAAGAUGACCUCCAGAGGAAGACACGUGGUGGACGUUGGACACUUGUACUGAGCGUCGUCGUGCUGGCAUGCAGCCUGGUUGCGACUCUGACGGCACUGAUCGCCAUGUACUGCGCACACGUCCGCAAGAAGAAGACGAAGAAGCGACGGAAGCGCCUGUACAAGGACGGCAAGAGCGACGCCAGUUCAUCGAGUCACGAUGACGUCGACUCCGUGCGCAUUACGGAUCACAAAGAGUACCUCGCUGCGACGGAUGUCUGCUGA